CUUAAAACUCCCAAGUGACCUGCUACGUGCAGUGUGCGAGCAAACGGUCGAUAGAAUCAAACUUGCAGUGACCCAGGGAUUUCCCAGGGAGUAUCAACACGUCCCGAGAACGGAGACAAAGCACACACCAUCGAAUGACUUCGCCUUCUGGGUUGCGCAAGACGAUAUCGAAGUUGUCUUUGAAUACGUGGGGUAAAUCCUUGAGCAAAGACAAUGCUCGAGUAAUACUCCAAAUUUUCAAAUGUGGACAAUUUUUACCAAUACCCAAGGAGGGCCAUACCCGCUGACUCGCAAAGAGACCCCACCCUAAUUGGUCAACAUCUUCAACAUGACUUGUUUCUUAUUCAAUCAGUGACCCCAGUCAUGAAUUCUCACCAAACCUCUCGGACAAUCUUGUGGGCCCUCAUCCGGAGAUGUUGCUUCUUGGCAAUGCUCUAUGACUCCGGCCGAGGACAAACCAGAGUAAGAGCUCACUAUCAACCCGUCUCAACACCUAGUCUGCACCCCAGUGUGACGACCCUGUUAUGCAUCAUGUUCAAAACAUAUAGCGUUCCAUUAAAGAUUGAAUCGUACAUUGACGGAUUAGUACUUCCGUGGAUCGAGACAAACCUGCUCCCACCGCAAUGGAGCCGCACGACAGGUAACUCAUCGAUCCUAGACUUGGGGAUAAACGAUCGCCAUCGGGUGCGAUAUCUGGAUCGAAAGACGAUGGAUCAGCCCGGCCACUUGCCGCGGGCAUGGCUCAUUGAGAUUUCGAGAACAGACGUUCUGCACAGACGGCCACUGGUGGAACGCACGCGUUGCCCGGUUCUGGGGGGGAGGUUAAAUACCAGCAUUGGUUGUAAAUAACUCGGACGCAUCGAUGAACUCAUCUUUGGAGUGGACUGAUCUUCAUAGUGCUCAGUGGACCGCUCUAUCUUGCUCCAGCUCCUGGGUCAUGAGCUCGAAGUAUUCUGGAGUUUCUGUAUCUGCACAGCAUGCCGGAGAUGCAGUAGCGCAGUCGUUGCUCGACCAAUAAGCUGUUUGUCCAAUCGAGUUCAUUCUGAAUUUGCUAUUUUUUCACUCGAAGAUUCGUGUUCAAUUCGAUAACG